UGAUUUGAACAAAGUAAUUAACUUGGAACCAUACCUUGGGACUACCGGCUAGAACCACAAAUGGGACUGCGUGCUUUUUUGCUGCCAGGGCAGCCAUCGGCGUUCCUUAAGCCGUAUCUUAAGGCGUCUCUUGUUAGACACGUGUAGGCGUUUGAGAGAACAGAGAAGAGGUGUCUUCGUUCUUCGUCGUCCUCCUCCAUCCUGCGAUCUCUCUCUCUCUCUCACUCAGAUUCCCUUAUCUUGUCAAUUACUUUCUGUGAGGUAAGUUUUCUUCGAAUUUUCUAUUAGAUCAAUCGUGAUGUAGAAUCCUUCCGGUGAAAUCGUAUCGAAUGGAUCUAGUUGAUGUCACAAUCAGAAUAUUGCCAUAGGCAUAUAUCCUCGUUAUCAGUUUAGCCUUUCUGAUGAAAAGCUAAAAGCUUUAGUGUUUUUGAUUUGAGUACUAGGACUAUACAUACAUACCCAAAACUUAAGUUUUUCAGUGUAAAAAAAAGAGAGAGGGAGUAGUCCAUGACAAUGCCUACGUCUAUGCUCCUCACUGUCUGGUUCCUCUUGUGUAUCCCCGGUUACGUUCACCCCGGUUACGUCCAUGACAAUGCCUGUUCGGUGUUAGGGUCGUGCUUGAUCCUAUGAGAAAGAGCGUGAGUUUGAACAACUUGUCUGAGUAUGAGAGUACUGAGGAGACCUUAAAGAUCGUUGGAGAGGAUGGAGAUGGACAAGCCAAGAACAAAACAUCCUCCUGUUACGCCUCGGCUGAUGACGCUGUUCCGGUUUCUGCUAAUCGUGAGAGGAAACGAGUUCCAUGGACUGAGGAAGAGCACAAGCUGUUCCUGCUUGGUCUGGAGAGAGUACUAUUACCGUCGAUCUCCCUGAUGCGCUCAGCCCAAGUCUCACACUGCGUGUGCUACUUACUCUGUGUUACUUGCAGAAUAAAGGUUGUUGCUGAUGUUUUAUAUUCUGUUUUGAAAAAUAAUAAUUUGCUUAGUUGCAGACAAUGUCGAAAGCUGAAAGAUGGUCGAAUGUUUAAAAUUUUAUUGCUAUUUGCUAAUGACAUGUUGGUUUCUUUUCUUCUGCGUUCUUUCACUUGUUGUGUCUUGUACACACAAAAAAAAACAAAGGAAGAGGUAAAGAGUAAGAGAGCUCAUAAGGAAGUUUGCAACUCGAGCUCGAGGAUGAGUGUGGUUUAUAGUUUGAUUGUGAGGGAAGAGGAGGUUCUGAUGGAGCAGAGGAAGAGAGAGUGUGGAGGUUGUCUAAGAGACAACAUAAGAAGUAUCUACCAAUAAUGUACACAUUUCCUAUUGUUUCUUAACAUUGUUUCUUAGUCUAAAAAUAAUAAUAAAGAAUGCUAAGGAUCUAAA